AUGUCAGCUACUACCGGAGCCACUGCGACAAGAACUACGUCCCUUGCAGCCACGGCUCGCAAUACCAAACCUACUCCAUCGCUUUGGGACACUGCGAAUUCGAAACUGGACAUCAAAUCACGGAAAAGCCUCGCAUCCGUCAACGUAGGAAACGGCCGUGUGAUUGAUGCCGUGUCAAAGGAGGCGGUUAUUCAGCAGAGAGCCCUCUCCGCGAAGAGAUGGAAAGCAACUUUCGGUGGCAAAGAGGUCAUAUUGCGCGACGUUCUUGCAAAGAUUAUUCGAUGGGUAGACCAUUUUAAAGCUGUGGGUGAUAUCGCCGUACAAUUUAAUUCGGGAGCCGCCAGUUUGCCUUGGGCAGCUGUUCGAUUCUUGUUGCAAGUUGCCGUCAACGACAAGCAGUAUCUAGAAGCUACGAUCGAGGGGGUUGAGAUGGUCACUCAGAAAGUUGCUACAUACGCUGCUAUGGAAGACCUGUACAUGGACUCGGACUUCCAGCUUCAUACCCAGAUCCGCAGCAAGGUCCUCGGACUCUACGUCCACAUUCUGAGCUUUCUUGCAGAGAGCAUACAGUAUUUCAAAACCAACAUGCCCAGCCGUACAGCAAAAGGCGCAUUCUCGACUAACCAGGGCGAGAGACUUCGGCAGAUAGCUAAGCAUGACACCGAAAUUCGACAACUAGCCAAGAUGUGCGACUCACACGUCCAGCGGCUUAUACGAACGGACGUCAUGCGGAUCGAUGAGAACAUCAUGACUUCGCUAAAAGCACAAUCGUUCCGCGACUUCAUCGCAUGGCUAUCAUUGACACCAUACAGAGAGCAUCACACCCGUCAUUCCAAGCACCGCUUACGCGGCACUACUCAAUGGCUUACGAACGAUCCCCGUUAUGUCGACUGGAAGAGCACUGCAUCUUCAUCGCUCUUAUGGCUUCGCGGUAUUCUGGGCUCUGGGAAAACCAAUCUGAUCUCUGCAGUGAUUGAUGAUUCACUGCAUGGUAACAAUGUGCAAACACCAGUUUUGUAUUAUUACUGCGGCGACACCAAGAGUUACGGCGGCAGAAGCGACGCGAAGGACGUGAUGCGGAGUCUGUUGAGACAACUCACUGUCAAGAACGAAGAGACCUUUGAGAUCGUCGAGCAAGUUCACCUGGAGUUCAGGCGGAGACAGGCAAGAGGAAAUGUUGGCAUGGGGGAUGUGGACAAACUUGAGCCACACGAAUGCACACACUGGAUAGCCGAACUCCUCCAAAGCGAUGAGGUAAUCAUCAUAAUUGAUGCCAUCGAUGAGAUCGACGUCACGGAUAGGCAUCAUCUUCUCAAAGAGCUCAUAGCGCUUCGAGACGAUUCGAGCCGUAUUACGAAGAUGCUGCUUUCCAGCAGAGAUGACACGAACCUUACGCAAUGGCUAGAAGGGGCACCAGAAUUGCGCUUACAAGCAUCGCUCACUGAAGCUGACAUGGAACAUUUCAUCAGACAUUGCGUUUCGACAGCAGUCGACAACAAACAUCUUCUUGAUGGUAGGGUAGACCCUACCUUUCAAUCAGAAAUAGAAUAUUAUCUCCUCGACCGAGCAGGUGGAAUGUUUCGAUGGGUGGAGCUCCAAUUGAAGCACUUCUGCGACCUGAAGGCUGAAUCCAGUAUCAAGCACACGAUGUCAGAUCCUGCUGGAGCUUCCAUUCAUACCGUCAAUCAGCUGUAUGCUACAAUAUUUGAUGGAAUUCUCAAGACGGAUCCUGUGGCAUACGAAAUAGCAGCACAAACCUUCCGGCUGAUGCUGUGUCUGCACGAGAUCAUAUCUCCUCUGGCACUACUUUCUGCAGCAUCCAUCACACGCGAUGGGUCGAAGAACUCUUUGGAGCUUUCGGAUCUACUCAGAAUCUGCUCCCAUCUGGUAGUUCUCGAUGAUGAGCUCGACACGAUCCGAUUCGCUCAUGCUUCCGUUCAAGAAUACUUGUCGCGUCUCCCAGAAUUCAGCAUGAUGGAUGCCAACAGCGCAGCCGCUUCGAGUUGUCUUAUCAGAUGUAUCGACAGUCCGCUCUCCGAUCUGACCCUCGGUGUUCAACCUUCUGCCGAUUUCGACGUGUAUGCAGCAAUGUACUGGCCGCUUCACUACAAUGCCGCGAGCGAAAAGGAUCGUAGUGGUCAUCUAGGGGAUACUUUGAGGGAAUUCAUGUUCUCUGAUCAAGAGCUCAUGCCACCUUUUCCAUGCUGGAUCGAAACAGUAGACGACAUCGUAAAGACGCUAUCGGGGCCACACAUACGUCGCUCAGACCUGACCGCUAUCGUGAGCGAAAGCGCCACGCCGUUCUUCACUGCCUGCAUCUACGGAUUAGAAUUUGCUAUCGGGGUUCUGUCUGGAACGUCAUCCUUUGAUGUGAAUAUGAAGAAUGCGCAUGGAAAUACUGGGCUUUACCUAGCCUCGUCUGCGGGUCAAGUCCGGGUGGUGGAGGAUCUACUGAAGCUAGGCGCUGACAUCGCAAUCGAAGGUGGGCGUCACACAACUCCACUUCAAGCUGCAUGUGCCAACGGCCAUGGAGACGUUGUGCAGUUCAUCAUUGAUGUCUCAUCUCAGAACCUCACAAACGAGAUGAUUACCUCGGCCAUGCAUGCAGCUUUACGUAAUGGCCAUGAGGACAUCGCAGUAAUGCUUCUGAAGAAACGUGCUUUGCCUAUGUCGCAAGACAUCCUUGACCAGGUGUUUGAAACUGCUGCAGGCAUGGGUUUCAUAGAACUCAUGGCCCACUUGCAGCGCACAUCACAGUCGCUGAGCAGAAACAAGAAAUUGGCAAUCGGAGGCGCGGAAAAGACUUUCCAUGAUGAUAAGAUUGAGCGGUUUGAAACGUACUACAAAACCAAGGCACUGCCUGAUGACGCAACCGCAACAGCUGCAUUCUAUGGCCAGAACAAGAUUAUCGAAUUCUGUCUCAACAAGGGUCUCGAUAUUGAGCAUGAAGGACCGUUCGGAACACCACUUCGUGCGGCGAGCUUGAUGGGCCAUGGAGCAACUGUGCGGUUGCUUCUUGACAGAGAUGCGAUAGUUAGUUCGAAUGGAUCAUUCGGUGACGCGCUCCAAGCGGCCUCAAUGAGAGGACACUUGUCAAUAACCACAAUGCUGAUAAGAAGUGGGGCGGCUGUCGACAACUCUGGUGGUUACUACGGCAAUGCGCUACAAGCAGCCACGUAUCGCGGCCACAUCGACGUUGUAGAGGCCCUUCUUGCAGCAGGCGCUUCUAUCAGCCAAAAAGGCUUGUUCAGUGAUGCGCUAAGUGCUGCGGUGUCAGCGGGCAAUCAGUCCAUCGCGAACUUGCUUCUACGAAGGGGCUAUCAAAGCACAUCCCUCCUGGAUGAUGAUGAGAUCAUGCGCAUGACAUCCGCUAAUUCUGAGGCGCCUUCCCCAACGCACGUUGAUCUUCUAUCAACACUCAAUUCGACACAUCAUUCUGAGCGCAGUCUGCACACAGAUCGAGCAAACGUGGUUGAAGGACGGGAUCUCAGCUUUGGCGCGGCAUACGAGAGCAUCCAUAACGGUAUUGGAGUCGAACACGCCACAGAACUCGCAGAUCUUAAGCACCAUGAACGGUUUGGAUCUCAUUCUCUGCUCGUUGCCAUAGCGGCUGGCCAAGAGUCUAUCGUCCGCAGUAUGUUGGAUUAUCGCUCCGCCAUUCGGCUUUCGUUAUACAAUAUCGGGGUUGGACUGAAGGUGGCUUCUGCGGCUGGUCAACUCGGUAUCGUUGACAAUAUUCUGGGUACACCAGAUCUACCAGGAAAACACAUUCCACGGGCAUUGGAGCGCGCAGCUUGGUAUGGGCAUGUUGCCGUCAUAAAGCGGCUUCUCGAAUGUGAGGAAGCAUACGGUCCCCCACCAUCCAGUCAUUAUGCCCCGUUCACUCCAAUGGAAUAUGAGCAACCUAUGAGAGCGAAACGUGACAGGAAGAUAAGUCAAUGGUCAGACAAGAAUUCCGGUGACAAGAAGGAGAGCCGAUGGUCGGACUAUUUUUGCCUUUCUCGCAAAGUGGUUGAGACGAAUGAAACGGCUGAUAACGGUCAUGUCAUGAGGAUUCUUCUACUAGGUUGUCGAGGUAACGCACCAGACACAGUGGAGCUUGCACUACAAUUGGCACCGGAAUCCGGCCUACAGAAUCUAUUUCCAAUCGCUCUAGCUUUCACAAUUGAGUGCGAUAGCGAACGAGCAUUGGAAGUACUCUUUCGACAUUAUCCUUCAAUCGACACGAUCGCGCUGAAAAGUGCUUGUGCUCAAGCGGAAGAAGACAGAUCUCUUCGUGUGCUCUACGUCCUCUUACAACACAACAGCGAUCACGGGUACCAAGUGCAAAAUUACUGGGAUAUUUACGACGGUGCAGCUAAGACCAAACACAACGACCUCAUCUGUUAUCUUAAUACCCAACCGCCGUACUACCGAGACGACUUGUUGUUCGCACAGACAUUUGUUGAAGCUGCGCGGCGAGGCUACGUCUCCGCAAUGAAGGCUUGGGAAAAACAAUUGCUUCAAUCCAUCAAUCAUGAGCUUUUGCUAUCGCAGGCUCUGGACCAAGCAUGUGCAAACGGACAUGUUGUGGUGGCAUCAUAUCUCAUUGAACUCGGGGUGGACGUCAACGCAAUUACCGACAAGCCUAUACCGUGUCCCAGCUUUGUCGAUAAUCACUCCAUGCCUUGGCAUAUCUACAAAGUUACUACGAAUGAAGUCUGGCCAAGGACAGCAUUACAGGCCUGUCUUCAAGCCACGCCGCAAUAUGACCGGAUCUGUGGAAUUUCCACAAAAAGACUGAAGAAUUUCAAAGACAAUAAACGGGAAUUUCUUAGCAAGCAGCAAGCCUUAAUCAAAUUGCUGUUGCGCGAGCAUGCAAACGUCAAUGUCGUGGACAGCCUUGGGCGAAACACUUUACAUUCCGCGGCUGCACUUUGUCCCGUGGAAACGGUCCGCAUGAUAUUAGCGAGUGGUGCAGCGAUUGAUAUACCUGACAAGGACCACAAAACGCCUUUGAUCUACGCUGCAUGGAGAGAACUUGACUCAUUCACCGUUCUGAAUGUUUUGACUGGAGCUCAGGAAGAGGCCAAGCCACCAGUGACCCACACCUCUCCAACCGUACUUUUAGAUGCGGCACUUUCAGUGUUCAAGGACGGUUUCGUCGAGUCUGAUACUGUUCGCCAAGUGUUAACUACCGGUUCAGGAGCUGUCAUUCGGUACCUUCUGCAAUCGCAAACUGGCCUACAAGCCACAGCGACUGGAUUCACUCUCCUGCUCCAAAUGGCGUCAGCGGACGGUGAUUUCGAGUUCGUGAGAUUGCUCAUAGACCGAGAUGUCGAUUUUAAGGCUGUAGGUCACUACUAUGGAACUGCUUUACAUGCUGCUGCUCGGUUCGGUCACCUGGACUGCGUCAAACUUCUUGUAGAAGCUGGCACCGAGAUUGCCUCGACCGCGGGUAACUUCCGAUGGACUCCACUACGUGCCGCAGUGGAAGGCCAACACUUAGCGAUCGUGCAAUGUUUGCUCGACUGGGGUGCGAUGCAAUCGUCAAACGAUUCCAUCGAUCAAGGGUCGGCGCAAUCCAAUGAGAAUUACGCAACGCUGACUUUCGCCUGUCGUAGUGGCAGUGUCGAUCUAGUAAAAUUGCUGCUUGCAUUCUCGGAACCAAACAGACCGAUGCCAGACCAGACAGAGAUACUGCGUACUGGAUUUGUGGAUAUAUCUAGCGCGCUACACAUCGCCUGUGAACAUGGCCAUGUGGAAGUUGCCGCACUGUUGAUCGAAUAUGGGGCAGACGUUGAAGAGGAGUCAGGUCGGUCCUUGACUCCACUGAGAACUGCUGCUAUUGCUGGAGAUCUCGGAAUGAUGGAACUCCUACUGACCGCGGGAGCUACUUUGUACGAUGCUGGACGAGACGUCAACAUCCUGAGGACACUUGUCGUAGAAGAGAAGCCAAAGGAUAUCAUCGACUAUGUUCUUACUCGUUUGCUAGAUACGGACGACUUCACAAACGCUUGUACGGAGGCCCCAGCAUAUAUGCGCGCUUGGCAAGAAGACGGCAAAUUUGUUAUCCAUGUGGAAACCAUGCAAAGUUCCGAAAGACUGCUGGCGAACCUUGCAGCCCUAGGUGCUCAAAAAAGUAUUGAGAUGAUGAUGGGAAGCUCGAUCGACAUGGCCAACGUGAGACCUCCGGUGCUUCAGGCAGCAGCCUACUUCCAGAGCUACAACGUUCUUUUCGAGCUCUUGCCGAUGGUGGUCAUCCCGCAACCCUUACCAUUGGAUUACCAGUCUCCAGUCUACGCCAUGCUAGAAGGCCUCAUGCCCAUACAAUUGAAGACAGACAGGUUCCACAAGAAUUUAUGCUGCGAGGCUUGGGCCAGAGAUUCCUUCUUGUACUCUUGGCUUCCCGGCCGGUCAGCCAAGGAUUGUGCAUGCAGUAAUGCCCGCGCUGCUGCCAGUGAGGCUAUAUUGAAGCUUGCGCAGGUUGACAAAAGCCAUAUUUGCGCAUCAGCUGGCAUUCUACACCUAGCUUCUUACCUGGGAAUGCUACAAGUUGUCCAAGUAUGUCUCGAUCUCGGCGUCGAAAUUGACCAGCGUCACGAAUCAUUCGGGUCCGCGUUGAUUGCUGCAAUCGAAGGUGGUAGCUCGGAGGUAGUUACGUUGCUGCUACAGCGCGACAUUGACGUCAACACGACAUCUGAUGACCCUGGAACCUCUCUCUACCCUACAUGCCAGACGCGAGAUAUGUAUGGACGACGAGUUGUGGAGUUCAAAACUCCCGGCACUGGAACAGCCUUGCAUAGAGUCUGUCAGAACGGUGAUCGCGAAAUGGCCGAAGUACUUCUCCAACAUGGUGCUCAAGUCAAUGUGUUGAUCCCCGGAAAGGGAACACCUAUGCACGUUGCUUGCGAAAAGAGAGACGAAGAAUUACUCAAACUACUUUUCACAUACGGUGCCAACGUUGACAUCAUCUCACCUAAUUUGGGAUCAGCCUUGCAUGUAACAUGCAAAUCUGGCAACGCUGGCUUGGCCAAGAUACUUCUACAACAUGGCGCGAACGUUAACGUGUUCUCGUCGAAUCAUGGAACACCUCUAUAUGCUGCAUGUGCAGAACAUGGAGAUGAUGCAACGAUACGACUACUACUAAAGCAUGGAGCGGACGUCAACUCGAAGGGAAGCAAGGGAGAAACCCCACUCACAUCAAUCUUGUCGCGGGAAGGAUACCCCUCCGAGCGAUUGAUAGAAUCGCUUCUCAGCACUGAGCAGCACGUAGAAGCCACUGAAAACGAUUUGGAUCGAUUAGUGACCAGGUACUCGGAAUGUGCGAUUCAAAUGUGCAAGCGGGUACUAGCAGGCAAUACGCAUCUGAAGCCUACGAUCGAGACCAUUCGAUUGUUGAUCGCUGACCUUCGAUAUCGCGAUUCAGAAAUACUUCGUCUGCUUCUUGCAAGAGCGCCACAUCUCACGAUCACAUUGGACAUAGUCAAGCAGGCUAAGAGUCUUGAAAGUUUUGAGCUUCUGACAAGACACGGAUCUUGUAUCGAGAUCACAGCAGACUUAAUGCGAAGUUUCCUGGAUCCGCUCGAGCUGAAUUUGAUAAAGUACUCCGUACAGUCUGCGCCCGAAAUCAGGCCACCACCCGCUGUCGUCACAGCGAUCAGAGCCAUUUUAGACCGACCGGAGCCUAAGUCUGAUGGAUCUCAUCGAGGAGAUUUGUGGGUGUCCUUCGUGAAACAUUACCAAAGUUGUCAAGAGCCAAUUGCAAAAGAGAUCAUGGAGCUCAUAGUGGCUCGACAUCCUGACGUCGAAUCACAUUCUGGCACAGCAUGUGCUGCGUGA